AUGCACUGCAGCUGCUUAGCUGAGAGCAUCCCAGCCACCUCUGGCAACUACUGGAUCUCAGGUCUGGCCUUCCCUGACUGGGCCUACAAAGCGGAGUCAUCUCCAGGCUCCCGGCAGAUCCAGCUGUGGCACUUCAUCCUGGAGCUGCUGCAGAAGGAAGAGUUUCGCCAUGUCAUUGCCUGGCAGCAAGGAGAGUACGGGGAGUUUGUCAUCAAGGAUCCAGAUGAGGUGGCCCGCCUCUGGGGCCGCAGGAAAUGCAAACCACAGAUGAAUUAUGACAAGCUGAGCCGGGCCCUCAGGUAUUACUACAAUAAGAGGAUCCUGCAUAAGACCAAAGGCAAAAGGUUCACUUACAAGUUCAACUUUAGCAAGCUGAUUGUGGUCAACUAUCCUUUGUGGGAAGUUCGGGGACCACCUUCCUCCCACUUGCUGCUGGGGGCACCUGCCUUGUGUCGGCCAGCCCUGGUACCCAUGGGUGUGCAGAGUGAGCUCCUGCACAGCAUGCUGUUCACCCAUCAGGCCAUGGUGGAGCAGCUGGCUGGACAGCGGAUUCCCAGGGAACUACCAGAGGCCCUGGGGGAAAAGAAGGGGAGCAGCAGUAGCAGCAGUCAGCGUAACUCGGCCUCCACAUCGUGUUGGCUUGGCCCUUGCUGCCAUUUUGGAAGCCUCCAAAGUGAGCUGCCCAGUUUUGCCUCUCUCACUCCUGCUCUGCCACCCCCUGGCCCCCCUGACUGGACCCGCCUCCCAGGGACCUUCUUCCCCCCUCUUGCCUCAGAGCAGCAGCUCCCAGGGUCUCCUAAGCCAGGCACCCUGCUCACAGGUCCAGGCUGUCCCCCAGGGCUCUCCCUGCUGGCCGGGCUGGGUCAGGGUGCAGGUGAGAGGCUUCGGCUCCUGUCACUUAGGCCUGAAGGGUUAGAAGUAAAGCCUGACUUCAUGGUGGGGGCAAAAGGGAGUCUGGGCUUCACUUCAGAGACCCAUGGACAGAGAACUGGGGAGGAAAGCCCAGAGAACCCCAAUCUGGAGAACCUCAAAGUGGUGUGGCCCUUGGACCCUCCUUAA